AUGGCCGUGGACAUCACGCUGCUCUUCAAGGCCAGCGUGAAGACGGUGAAGACCCGCAACAAGGCGCUGGGCGUCGCGGCGGCCGGUGACAGCGCCAAGGAUGAGCUGCUCAAGCGCGGCGGGGCCGCCCGCGCCAAGAGCGACUUCUCCGGCCGGGCCCGAGAGGUGAUUUCUAAUAUUGGGAAGCUGAAAGACUUUCUUCUGCAACACAGGAAAGAUUACAUUAACGCUUACAGCCAUAUUAUGUCUGAAUAUGUGAGGAUGACGGAUACAGAGCGUGAUCAGAUUGAUCAAGAUGCUCAGAUAUUUAUGAGGACGUGUGCGGAUGCCAUCCAUCAGUUGAGAACAGAAGCACACAGGGGUGUCCAGUCUGCACAGGUGAAGGAGCACAGAACGGCUGUCUUGGACUUUGUUGAGGAUUAUUUAAAAAGGGUGUGCAAGCUGUACUCUGAACAAAGAGCCAUCCGAGUUAAGCGAGUAAUAGACAAGAAGAGACUGUCGAGACUUGAACCAGAGCAGAGUAGCAAGUCCAGAUCGCCUCUCUCCCCCGAGAGGCUUUCACAGAAUUCCUCAUCUUUAGAUGAAUCUGAAGAAAAGCUAUCUGCUGACGAAAGCAAAGACAGAAAUCUGCCUGAUGCCAACAGUAGCCUUGGAUUAUGGGGCGAUGGCAAAGGUGAAGACGAGCUUUCACCUGAAGAGAUACAAAUGUUUGAACAGGAGAACCAGAGACUCGUGGGCGAAAUGAACAGUCUCUUCGAUGAAGUCAGACAAAUUGAAGGAAAGGUGGUAGAAAUCUCCAGAUUACAAGAGAUAUUCACUGAAAAGGUCUUGCAACAGGAAACAGAGAUUGACAAUAUCCACCAGUUAGUUGUGGGUGCAACAGAGAACAUCAAAGAAGGCAAUGAGGACAUACGAGAGGCAAUCAAAAACAACGCUGGCUUCAGAGUCUGGAUCCUCUUCUUCCUUGUGAUGUGCUCCUUUUCCUUGCUUUUCCUGGACUGGUACGAUAACUGAUUAAACCAUUAUCUGCAAGCGUUGGUUUAAGAACUCUUGACAUGUUUUCUGUGGAGUGGGAUAGUCUGACCUGCAUAGUUUAUGCUUUUUUUUUUCAUACUGCUAUAAUGGAAGUAUUUGCCAAUGAAUCAAUACCUAUGUAUUAGUGCAGAGGGAGCUGAUUACAUUUGAUAAAGGGACUUAAAAUAAAUGCUAAUCCAAACUGCAAAGAACCAGAAAUCUUUGAAUCAGUUGUAAGAAAGCUGUGAGCAGCAGCAUAGGCAGUAACAGAAAAAGAAGUGAGUGUUGUUUUACCCCAUUUGUUGAUAUUUAAAGUCCCCCUCCCUGUGUACAGAGCAGAUCAUGUGAAAAUUGUGGUGCAAAAGCCACUAGGUUGGUGCAAGCACUAUGCCCUGUUCAGCAGGAGCAGUCUGCAUGUGUGACCUCCACUUCUGAUCUCUGAGACCUGCUUUAGUCAGAGAUCAAAAAGGUGGUUGAUUUCAAAACCAAACCAAAGCCCCCACUGAAACAUUUUACUUUGAGGUGCAAAGAAGAUAAUACAAGAAAACAAAUGUGUAAAUGAAACAUGUUCUGAGAUGCUGGAACAAAGCCAAAGAAUAGACAAUAUUAAAGCCACACUCUCCCAAGUACUAAAAUGGUGAGUGACGUGUUCAGUGCAGAAGCACUCGAGCCGCCUCUAGAUGCGAAGGAGGAAACUGGUGCCUGUGGGAGGCAGAGGGAAUCCUGCUGCUCCCUGCAGGCCUGGGCAGCAGCGAGCUGCCUCACGGGACGGGAAAGCGUCACUAUUUUUGAUGUUUACUGCUAUAAUGAGAGAAACAAGUUGGCUGAUUGUCUCUCAUCUCUAUUAACUUGAAUUGCUUUGUUACAUAAAGCUGUUUUUAUUGCCUUAAGUUUGAGAGGAGAUAUGUAAUGAAUUGCUUCGAUGUCGGAUAAUCUUCCUACCUUGUCAUAUCUGAAUGGCCUCUGUAAAUAUGUUGAUAUGAACCGUUUGUUUGGCUCUCUUCAGAAAUGUAUCUAUAUAGAUAUGCCACAAGCAGUAUCAUCCUUAUUCUUUAUUCUGUACAGA